AUGGCCUCUCCCAACGUCGUUGCCCUUUACGCUGGGUCGAAAAUACACCCUCUGAAGGAAAAGCGGAGUACCUGCCGUCACUUCAAGGAGGGAAAAUGUGUCUUCUGGCAGACCCCAGACAUGUGCAACUUCCCUCAUCGUCCCCGGCAUGCACCGCGCCCCCCACUGCCCGUGGAGACCUCUAAUCUGGCUCAGCCCGUGGAUGGCACGCCUCCCCUGCAUUCCCUUAAGCCCCUCGGCCCACAGCUCGCAACCUACCUCGUAGCUCACACACUCGCACAGGUGCCAGCCAUCAGCCCAAACUCGGAUGACGGUCGACAUGCUUGGUACGGAGACGAACCUCAGUACUUGAGUUAUCACUUGAACAAUACGGCCCCUAACGGACAGGUCAAUUUCCAGCCCUGCCAUCGUCUGGUGCCGUCGCCGCCGGGUUUCCCGUUUGCGGAACCUCGCCCGGUUCGUGUCGAGUACUAUCCAGGGCAUGGGAUUUACUACCACAGCCCUCCAGUUCCCUCUCAAGGCGGCGUACCUUACAGCUACACCCUGUACACCCCACCAGACUCUGUACCCGACUCGCCCACCGGGCUUUCCCCCUCGACUUGCUUCCCGCCUCUCUCAAGCGACGGAUACAGUGCCGCGCCUUUCGCAGAGUGGGAAGAGGGUCCUCUCGUCGACCCAGAGAAGCUGAGGCGAGAGCGCAGCAAGAUCUGCUGGUAUGGCGAGGAUUGCAAGAGGCCCAACUGUUACUACCGCCACGAUGUCACGGAGGACGAGGCCGAGGACGAAUUCUUAAAUUCCGUUUUCACUGCCCGUUCGGUCCCCACUGAUGUUUCUCCUAACGCUACGUCACAGAAGGACAAGGAGAAGAGUACCGCGGGACGGGCAGAGCGCUCUUCCGACUCAGAGUCCUCAACAAAGGACGGGGCUUCUAGGAUGAAGCCCUCCGACAACCGGGGACGCAACGCCUUCACACGUGCUCCGCUUGUGGUGGACGGAACCAACUGUCGCCGUCGUGACGAGGACAUCGCCGCCUAA